AUGACAUCACAACUUUCACUCGUGACUCACGACUCAACUAGAUGCACAGAAAGAGGUUAUGCUUUACAAAAUAAUGCUUCGUUAGAAUUAAGUAAAUCUAGAUUUUUUAUAGUCACAUUCAUAAGACCGGGACAGUAUCAGAAUGGACAUCCGCCGUGGCAACGAUUCACAACACCUCGCAAACGAUCACCUGAUCCACAAACCUAUUACAAUACCCAUGAGCUAUCGUACAACCAGAAUCCUUUCCAGGGUAACGAAUUCUCGACCAACCAAAGGCAGGAUAUACCAGGACAUCAAAACUAUCCUAGUAGAUCAUCAGCCGAUCUCAUUUAUACUGAAACAAGAGAUAUCCCUAACGAUGGAAGACUUCUCUCAGAUUCAGCAUUCACCAGAAUAUCAGAGACUUUAGGUGCAAUCAAUACAGUCGGCCACUACUUGGUGGAUAUUGUCAACGAGAACGAAAGAAACGAAUCCGAUCCAAAUCUCAAGCAACUUCCAAACGCCAUAUACACACUCAGCAAGAAUGUUCUAGGCAGAAAUGUUACUGAUAAAAUAGCUCCUAUAGUUAAGAAAGCGUUGCCUAGAGUUUUGCCAGACGCACCAAUCACUAGGAUAGCUACGGCUGAUGUGAGCCAAAGUAAUUCUAAAUCCUGCACAACUCCCGAUGGAGAGCAAGGGGUCUGCGAGGAUUUAAGCAACUGCCCCCAACUACUGCUAAAUCUCAUAAGUCUUAGAGAAUCGUUGUGCUUCAAAGAUCUCUUCGUUCCUGGAGUGUGCUGUCCACGAAAUGCUGUCCUAUCAUCGACGCCGGCUGAAGAAAAGCCAGUUCUAAGUACGACCAGCAAACCGACGUAUUUAGUACCUGUAACCACUCAGCGGCCGGUUCAGAAACCGACGACAACCAAAAAACCAACGGCCAUCUUGGUUCUGACUACCAAAAAACCAAAGACCACCAGUCCUAAACCUACGAAGACGCCUACCACUGUUACCACAACGAAAGCCCCGUCUACCACCAGCUUCUACACUGUAACGCCACCGUUCAUAGGAAAUUACUCCAACAUCGUGGACGUGAAUGAUUGUGGUCAACGAGAAGAUGAAGGAGGUCGUAUAGUGGGUGGAACAGAAUCUAAGCCAGGAGCUUGGCCGUGGAUGGCUGCCAUAUACCUGCACGGGAAUAAAAGGAAGGAAUUCUGGUGCGGAGGAACUCUUGUGGGGAAGAGACACGUACUGACAGCCGCGCAUUGCACCAGGGACUCAAAACAGAGGCCGUUCCCUCCCCGUCAGUUCUCAGUUCGUCUGGGAGACGUGGACCUCUCCCGCACAGACGAGCCCUCGCGACCACUCACAGCUCGCGUGACGUCCGUACGGGCUCACGAACAGUUCUCACGUGUGGGAUACUACAACGACAUCGCCGUACUUAUAUUAGCUGAGAACGUCCCCAAAUCCAAGUACGUGAUCCCAAUCUGCCUGCCCAAGCGCGAGUCUUCUCGUCAGUUCUCAGGCGCGGUAGGCACUGUAGUAGGUUGGGGCACCACCAGCUACGGCGGCGGGGAGAGCUCCCGCCAGUUGGAGGCGAGGCUGCCCGUGUGGAGGAACGAGGACUGUGACCGAGCGUACUUCCAACCUAUCACUGACAGCUUCCUAUGUGCUGGCUAUCCGAGGGGAGGGGUUGAUGCAUGUCAGGGUGACUCCGGAGGCCCCCUCAUGCUGCAGCUCCAGGGUCGCUGGACCCAGAUAGGGGUGGUCUCCUUCGGUAACAAGUGUGGCGAGCCCGGCUACCCCGGGGUCUACACCAGGGUGACUCACUACCUGGACUGGCUGGAGAAUAAUCUGAUAUAG